AUGGCAAAAAGACUCCUAAGGUUUUAUAAGAAACCUAGGGGCCAGCCGGGGAAUUCUUCACAGGAGGGUCAGAGCGGUGGUAGUGAUAGUAGGCAUUCUGGGAGGGAGAGUGGGAAGGCGCAGGAGGAUGAUGUGCCUGGUGUAUUAGGUAUGGGUGGGGAGGUUUUCAGUAGUACGGCGUCAGUACAGUCAUCUUCGAUCUUUUCCAAAAGUGGGAUCACAUAUGGGACCGAUAACUCUUCAAACAUUUCUGGGUCGGCCGCACGUAAGCAAACGGGGGCCUUGGCGGAUAAUGAGGAUGUUGGGAAACCCUUAAGGGUGGUGGGGGUUGAGAAUUUUGGUGAACCGUUGCAUACGGUAAUUGAGCAAGAUGAGGAGGAUAGGGAACAGGGUGUAGUUGUGGGUUCGUCUAGCAGGCUAGAUGCUACAGAAAUCGGGGUUAGAAGAGGAUUCACAAGGGGUGUUCAGCAGCAGAGUUCUAGCGAUAAGUUCAUUACGAUGGAUCAAGUAGAAAUGGAACUACGGGUUCUACAGAAUAAACUAGACACUCUAGUGGACGAUAUCCACCAAAAUGUGAAGAACAUAUCAAAAGCUGUGAUUCAGGCGAUCGAAUAUUUCAAAGAGUUUCUUCCUGAUGUACGAAAUUUAUUAUAUCGGGUAUCUAUGGAGAGGUGCUUACAUUUGAGGAAUAUCACCAAAGUAGUAUUGCAUUUCCAAGAUAAUCUACUACAGUCGGAUGUAUACAACAAUUCUAGAUCGAUAUUAUUAAGGAGAUACAUGGAGUUCUUAGGGAAACUCAAUGUAAAUAUCUAUUCUGAACCGCUUGAAGCGACGGCACAGCAUACAUUGCCAACGAUGAAGGUGUUCGCAAUCGGCGAAGACUGUCAUCUUCCUAACAAAAAUAAGAUCUCCUCGAUUAUCGACGAGAUAGCACAUGUAAACGACGGUUCUACAUCCGAUCAAGAAGGUGCAUACAUUGCUCCUUUGUUAAGGGGGUUAAGCAAGAGUUCCGCAAUAUUAACAAUCAUGUUUGGAUUCCCAAACCCACAACAGGAACAUUAUGAUCUUCUUAAGGUGUUGUAUUCCUUAUUUUCAGAUGUGCACUUCUAUUGUGUUAAGGAUUAUAUCACUCCUUGUGCCUCUGAAGUUGCGUCCGUUCUACGCCAUUCGAAGCCCAUGCAGGCGGUCACUACACAGUCUUCUUCACAAUUUAUUCCCCCUUACAAACUACCUACAGAUGUUAUGGUUCCUCCUAUCUCGAUGUCCCUUUCUGCUGAAGAUAGCUUAAAAAUCACAGGCACAUUAGGAGGCUACUUAUAUCCCCAAAUAGCACAAAACGACUCCGCGAUGUCAAAGUUCGCGGGCUCUACAUUCGCAAUAACGUGUGCACACGUUGUUCUAACAGAGUCACAGGAUCAUCCACAUGUGUGCGCUCCUUCUAAAGUCCUACAGACAACCUACAAGAAAGCUUUAUUAGAAGAAUCGAAACAAUACCCCGAAGGCAGUAUCGAACGGUCCAGCUUUAUGGAGGAGAUCCGACACAUAGAGGAAAACUUGAAAUGGCAACAGAACAACAAGUUUGGACAGGUAGUUUGGGGUGAACGUACAAUCAUUAAUCAGAAAUUAUCCGACUUCGCCAUCAUUAAAGUCAACUCCAACUUUUGUUGUCAAAAUCACUUAGGCGAGGACCUGACUGGCUUACCGGACCCUGCAUUGAGAUUUCAGAACUUAUACGUGAAGAAAACAAUCGUGGAUUUAAAACCCGGAUUGAACGUUUUCAAAAUUGGAGCAUCUUCCAAUUACACAAGAGGUAAUAUAAACGGCUCCAAAAUAGUAUACUGGGCAGAUGGAAAGAUACAAAGUAGCGAAUUUGUCAUUUCUUCCCCGCGGCCCUUAUUUGCCACAGGUGGCGAUUCUGGCUCAUGGAUCUUGACCAAAUUAGACGGCGAACUGGGUCUUGGUGUAGUAGGCAUGUUACAUAGCUACGACGGCGAACAGAAGCAAUUUGGACUUUUUACCUCCAUUGUUGACAUUAUAGAAAGACUUCACGAUGUAACAGGUGUGCUAUGGGAUAUAGAGCCACCUACAGACUUAUAA